AUGGAAGAACGGACUUGUUCAAAGCGACAAGCAGGAUCCCGUCACCGACGAGACUCGUCUGAGUGGCCUCGCUUCAAGCAAAACCGCAACCGCAACAGUAACCGUCCGGAGUCGAAGCGAGAUCCCAUCGUCCCACAGUCAACCCCAUUUGCGCAUCCAUUGUGGUCAUUGUCCGUUCUUCUGGCUCUCCAUGCACCUUUUGCUCUCGCCUCGACAUCGAGACACCUCGAUCCACGCAACAUGGUCCUGCCACUCCGCGUAACAAAUAAUUGCAAGGAAACAAUUUGGCCCGCCAUUCUGACACAGAGCGGCACCGGCCCUGCGUCGUCCGGCUUCAUGCUGGCGCCGGGCAGUUCCAAUCCACAAACCGUCAGUGGCGAUUGGAGAGGCCGGGUUUGGGGACGGACAAACUGCAGUUUUCCCCAAUCCGGCGUUGGCCCGGCCAGUGGACAGGGAGGAGCGGCAUGUACCACGGGCGACUGUGGCAUGUUCUUGCAAUGUCAAGGAGCUGGACAAGCACCCGCAACCCUGGCAGAAUUCACCAUGUCCUCCGACACAUACCAAUCCUUUUAUGACAUCUCGCUGGUCGACGGUUACAACCUGCCUGUCGGGAUCAUCGCCUUGCUGGGAGAGACCGGGAAUUCCACGCUGGCCGACAUUCCGCCCAAUUUGACAAAUCCAGUUUGCAUCGGCACCUCUUCUCUCCUCACUCCGCUGGGGAGCAGUCCAGACGCCGAUUUCGGGACAAAUGCCACAUUCCCUCUACCCUUGGAACAGGCUAUGACGCCCUCCUUUGUCCAGGACUGGUGCCCGUGGCCGUUGCAACUCGCUCCGCCUGAGAAGCCCGGUGACGGCGUUUAUCCCUAUCCAGAUGACAACAUCCAACGACCAAUCUUCAACCCAUGCCUGAGCGCUUGUGCCAAAUGGAACAAAGCUAAGUACUGUUGUACCGGGAACCAUAACACCCCGGCGACCUGUUCGCCUAGUUUGUACUCGACGCAGGCCAAGAAGGUGUGUCCAGAUGCCUACAGCUACGCCUAUGACGACCAAACGAGCACCUUCAUCAUUCCGCAGGGUAGCGGAUUCGAAGUCGUCUUCUGUCCUACUGGCCGGAGUUCGAAUAUCCUGGCCAUCUUUGGUGACCAGCUGAGACAGCUCGCACAGGCAGGACAUGCGACGAGAGAUAUUGUCGGGCUUGCGCAGAAUGUCACGUUUAUUCGCGAAAAGAGCGCUGCGCCAUCUCUGGCUAGUGGCCAAAGCGCAAGUUUGCUCGCGUGGGUCAUCAUCCUCUUGGUCUGGAUGUGUCUGGGAGACUUUGGUGUGCCGUUCUCAGGUAUAUAG